GGCAGGCGCGGUGACACUGUUUUGCCACCUGCCCCCUGGGGAGCCGGGCUGCCGACUGACAGAAACCAGCUGGGAAGUGUUCCUGCGGUCAUUUCUCGCCUGCCGAGGCUCCUGCUCGGAGGCUGAAGCCCCAAGGGGGCAGCUCGCCUAUGGGUCCCAAGCGCCGAGCUCCCCCCGCUCCACAGCCCCCAGGUGGGGGCAAGAAAGCAAAGGGGAGGGAGGAGGAGGAGGAGGAUACCUGGGGCUCAACGCUGGUUGCCCUGAAGACGGCCCCCAAGGAGAAGCACCCAGCCACCAUCGAUGGGCUGUGCCCCCUGGGAGCAGGGACGGGAGCACAGGUCUACGAGGACUAUGACUGCACCCUGAACCAGACCAACAUCAGCGCCAACAACAACAAGUUCUACAUCAUCCAGCUGAUCGAGCACGGCGGCGCCUACAGCACCUGGAGCCGCUGGGGACGCGUGGGGGAGGUGGGCCAGUCCAAGCUCACGCCCUUCGCCUCUCUGGAAGCUGCCAAGAAGGACUUUGAGAAGAAGUUUCGAGAGAAGACCAAGAACAGCUGGGCGGCACGGGAGAGCUUCGUGGCCCAGCCGGGGAAGUACACUCUCAUCGAGGUGCAGCCGGGGGCCGGGCAGGAGCUGGAGGUCACCGUCAGGGCAGAUGGCGUGGCCGGGGAGAAGGUCUCCAAGCGGCGUGUGCUGCCCUGCACCUUGGACAAGACCACGCAGGACCUGGUGGCCCUCAUCUUCAGCAGCGACAUGUUCCGGGACGCCAUGAAGACCAUGAAUAUUGACGUGAAGAAGAUGCCGCUGGGGAAGCUGAGCAAGCAGCAGAUCACAUGGGGCUUCGAGGCGCUGGAGGAGCUGGAGGCGGCGCUGCGGGAGCAGCCCCCCCGGGCCGCCCGCCUGGAGGAACUCUCCUCCCGCUUCUACACCAUCGUCCCCCACAACUUCGGGCGGGCACGGCCGCCCCCCAUCGACUCCCCCGACCUGCUGCGUGCCAAGAAGGACAUGCUGCUGGUGCUGGCUGACAUCGAGGUGGCACAGAGUUUGCAGGCGCAGAAGGCGGAGGAAGAGGAGGAGGAGGUUGCCCACCCACUGGACCAGGAUUACGCCCUGCUCUGCUGCCAGCUCUCCCUGCUGGACCCGGCCUCCCGGGAGCACCAGCUGAUCCAAAACUACGUGGUGCAGACAGGGAACAAGGCCCGCAUCCUCAACAUCUGGGUGGUGGCCCGAGAGGGGGAGGACCAGUCCUUCAAGGCCCACGACCACCUGGAGCAUCGGCGCCUGCUUUGGCACGGCACCAACGUGGCAGUGAUCGCGGCCAUCCUCAAGAACGGGCUGCGCAUCAUGCCCCACUCGGGUGGGCGUGUGGGCAGGGGCAUCUACUUCGCCUCUGAGAACAGCAAGUCUGCCUGCUACGUGGGCUGCACAGCCCAGAGGGUGGGCAUCAUGUUCCUGACGGAGGUGGCCCUGGGCAAGCCGUACCGCAUCACCUGCGACGACCCCACGCUGCGCCAGCCGCCUGCCGGCUACGACAGCGUCCUGGCCUGUGGCCGCACCGAGCCGGACCCCGCGCAGGAUGAGGAGGUGCUGCUGGAUGGGAAGAAGGUGCUGGUGUGCCAGGGCAAGCCCAUCCCCAUGCCUGCCUACAAGGAGUCCUCCUUCAGCCAGAGCGAGUACCUCAUCUAUCAGGAGAGCCAGUGCCGGAUCCGCUACCUCGUUCAGCUCCGCUUCUGAGGGCGCCUGGGCUCCUCGCAUCCCCCUCCUGGCAGCGGCGGUGCCACAAGCCUGGAGCGCAGCGCUCUGGGCUCUCCAGUCAUUCCACCAGGGUGAGGGACGGAGGGGCCCAGCCUGCUCUGGACAUCAAUAAAUCUGCCGUGCCUCGUG